CUACGACUAGGUAUGGCGACACUGCCAACAGGGCACCUUCGAUCGAUGGGCUGCUGUCAAAAAUCUUAAAAUAUUUAUAAAAUAAUAGCAAUAAGAAAAUUAAUUUAUAGCUCGAUUUCCUUCGGUUUGCUGUUUGUUUUAAUUUGUAUCUAGACAAUAAUAUCAUUUGUUGGUAGCAGCACCAUCGAGUUUGUGAGAGUGAAAGUGUUCGUUUCUUGUUCCAUGAUAGUGACGGGGCUACUCGUAGCCGUCGGAGCAUAUGUGAGGUGGCUGGUGAAUGUUACGUAAGCGGUGGUAGCGCGGCAUGUCGUGGAUGAAGCGGCCGAAGGGCGGCGCACCGCCGCUCGCCGACCAGCAGCUCGCCGCACCCCAGCUAUAUGGAAAUCAGCCAAGCGCAUAUCCAAACUUUCCGAGUGGCACAGGUGGGAACAAUCCUCCACCUCCACAACAGUACUGGCAAGCACCUCCGCAGCAGCAGCCACAGUACAACCAGCAAUAUGGCCAGGUGUACCAACAACCAGCUGAUUAUGGUGCCAAUGCUAACCAAUACUACCAACAACAAGCACCACCACAGCAAUACAAUCAGAAUUACCCCAACCAAACAUACAACCCGCAACAGGGUUAUCAGCAGAAUUUUUAUCAAAACCAAGGAGUUCAACAGCAAAAUUAUGUUCCAAACAAAAGUAAUGACGGUUGGGAAGACAAUUGGAACUGGGGCUGGGAGGACCAAUCCAAAGCCCAGAAAGCUCAAGGCGCUGCUCCACAGCCAGUGCCUCAGCCUCCGCAACCAGCAUAUAACAAUGCUAAUGUUAUAGAAGAAAGCUUUGCUUCCACAGACAGUUGGAACUGGGCCAUGGAAGAGAAGAAGGAAGUCAAGGACCACCCGCUGGGUGCUAACCAGGGAGUUAUCCCACAGGCAGUGAGAAAUGUUGAGCCUAGUCAGGAUAAUAACUUAGUUAUCGAGGCAAACCAGCACAAUUCCAAUCUGGCUGCUACAGAGGAAGUUCGGACUCUGAAUGACACAGAGAUUAUUAAGGAGAGACUACCUAAUCUGGCUCUGGGCAAGCGUUUUCAUAUAGAUAAUUUAACUCCUCAAUGGUCUAUAGAGUCACAAAUGUCUCAAGACUCAAGUGAUGGCCCUCAGACACAGUCUGAAGGAACUUUUAGAAGUGAAAUGCAGUCUCGAAACUCUGAUAAGUCGAAUUGUUCUCAGCAUAGUCUCGAUGAGCCAUAUCCUCAAAACCCGGAGUGGCCACAGCAAUCUUUAGACGAGCCUGGCUUGGAAAAUAACACUUCCAGUAUUCAUCAACAUGAAAUUCACAAUGAGUUGGCAAACUCCAUGCAAGAAAUGAGUAUAACUAAUAGUGAGAAUCCAGCACCUGAUGCAUCAUUAGCCAGAGAGACACAUGUUGUGAACAGCCAAGAAAAGCCCUUGUUACUGCCUCCUGUUUCAUCUGUUCCACCAUCAUUACCAACUACUCAUGGAAGUCAGCCAACACAACUACCACCUUCUUCACAACCUCCCACAUCCUUACCUCCUGCUCCAACAUCUGCCUCUAUACCUCCUCCAACAUCUGCUGCUAUGCCUCCUCCAACCAAUUUUCCUCCGCCUUCUUUACAGUCUACAAAUCCUUUCAAAAAUGCUGGACCAUUCUCACAUAAGAAUGCAGGCAAAGUAGCAGGGUCAAAUCCAACAUCCAGCCAGCAAUUUCCACCUCCUACAUCCAGCUCAAGCUUGACAUCUCCUGGAGUAGUCAACAAGGUAUCUCAACAUAGCAGAGCCCCCCAGGGCUUUAGUGCUAACCUGGAGACAACUCCUGACAACUCAGAGAGGCCAGAUCAUCCACAAGUGAUGCCAUUCAAACCCAUGCAAGUUGCACAGCAAGUGCCAGAGAAUUUGGAAGUGGCUCCGAGGAGUGAUAGGAACGAAUAUUUGCAAACUGCACAUCUUUCGAGUGGAGAUUAUGGAGAAAAUACAGAUUUUAGUAGAAAUGUACCGCCUCCAGGUUUGAGGAGAAUGGUAGUGGGGCAGCAGGAGUCUGAGUAUAAUCAAAACAUGAAUAUGUCUGGGGAUGAGCCUCCUCCAGGACUGGCGCGGAUGGUGCCGGGGCAGCAGAAUGAGGAAGAAAAUAUUUACAAUCAACCAAACGAUAAUUACUUAGAUCGGCAUAUCGAUGGCCAGCCGACAGAAAGUGGCUCGCGACCGUACAGACAAGCAGACGGUCAACAAACGCCUGAUAACUAUACUCAACCUGCACGGGGAGACAGGCGACCGAUAGGGCUCGAUAGGAUGGUUCCAGGAGAGCCAAGUAAUGACGAAUAUUCUCAAUAUCAAGCGCCAAAUUACUCCAGUAACGAACAGCGGGUAGUGACGGGCGUCGACCGUGAUUACCCCGUCCAGACUGACGCAGGGCCGACUGACGUCAGAGAACAGAACGUUGACGGGUCGGACUACUCUAUCCAACCAUCCCGGAAUGAUUUACCAGAUUUCCCCACACCGGAAGAGCAGCAAAGAGAGGUUACAAUGGAAGGCGAGAACUUGCAAGACUUGAGUAUAGUUUCAUCGACAGAGAUGUCGUAUUCGCGCGAGCACACGUUGGAAGGCGCGGAUAUGAACACCACAGACCUGCCUACGGACCGUAAAACGGAUUCGGAUCUGGACCGUCCCGUGACUAGUUCUAGGAGACAGUCGCUAAAUCACGUGAAUACGUCUGGUGAUGAUUCAGAAAGAGAUAGGAUGUUUAAGAAUUCGCCGAGAAGGGAUAAGCACAGAGGUUCGAGGGAUCGGGAUAAGGAAGGAAGGUAUUCCCGCGGGGAUCGGAAGUUCGAGCGGGAACCCGAGCGCCGCUCGGGGCGGGACCGCGACCACAGCCCCGACGCGCGCAGGCCCAGGCGCAGCGCUAGGUCGAGGCGCUACGACACUGAAGAUACGGAUUAUUACAGCGAUCGCGAGAGGGAAAAAAGACGUUACCGCGAAGGCUCCUACACGUCGAAGCCGCCGCGGCCCGACGACAAGGAGCGGCGCUACGACGACCGCCGCCGCUACAACACCAUCGAGCGCGAGCGCCGCUACAGGGACAUUGACCCCGCCAGGAAGUACGGCAACCUCAGGCGCGACAGAGAUGAUGAGGAGAGGAGGCGGGUUGUGACAUUCUCGGGCGAGGCAAAGACUAAUUGUGGUAGACGCGAAGACGAGCUGGGCUCGCCGUCGCGGGCGGAGUCCCGCGACCCGCGCGACGACCGCGAGCGCCGCCGCGGGGACCCCUACCGGGAGCGCCGCUCGAGGCAUUCUCGACCUUAUUACGAUAGCCACGGCUACGGCGGGUCGUACUCGGACCCGUACCAGCUGCAGCGCGCGCAGUACGAGUACUACGAGCACCUGCGGCACACCGACCCCGCCGCCUACAUGCAGGUCUACAAGCAGAUCAUGGCGGGGCAGAGGCCGCCCGACUUCUCUUCUAAAGUGGCGGGAUUCAUGGCGCUGCGCGAGUUCCAGCCCGAGGAGCGCGGCUCCGUGCACUCGGGCCGCUCCAGCGCCAACGACCUCAAGGGGCACGACACGUUGUACGCGUACCGCUCGACGGGCGGCGCGGGGUCAAUGAUCGGGGCGGGCAAUGCUUCUAUGAGGACCGAUUUCUCUGACAGGGACCUGAACACGGACGCGUCCCUCAACCUGCAGCUAGAGGAGUCCACCGUCCGCUCGGAGCGCAUGACCCCGUUCAAAUACUCCACUGCGCACAUCAAGGGCAGCAUCUCGUCCCGCAACGUGGUGGUGGUGCGGCCGUCGUACCCGGUGGACGGGCGGGCCGCCACGGUGCACGUGCUGGCGCUGAGCGCCGCGCUGCGCCGGGACCCGCGUCGCGCCGAGCUCGCUGCUUACCCUGGAGUGCUGCUCAAAGGUGUGACACACAAGAAGAGCGUGAUCGAGUACUGCAUGGCGAAGGCUCGCUCGGCGUACAACGACGACCGCCGCGACCGCAUCGGAUAUAUCCUGCUGUGGGAACUACUCGCUCUGUUGCUGAGGCAGAACGGGGUUGUGGUGGGCGCCGACAUAGCGGAGCUGCUGAUGAAGAACAAGCGGGAGCAUGAGUUCCACAGCGACGCCCGCGCCGCGCACGCGCACCACGCAGGCAGCCGGCGGGAGUCGCCGCUGUCGGGGUCGGCGGACGAGCCGCUCGGCGAACUCGACGGUGUUGAGCAGCCGGAAGAUCGACCGGCGGUGGACGAGGCCACGGCGCUGGCUCGGCUGCGGGAGCUGCUGACGUGCGGCAACCGGCAGGAGGCGAUCGAAUGGGCGAUGUCGUCGCAGCUGUGGGGCCACGCGCUGCAGCUGGCGGCGCACUGUGAGCGCCGCACGCGGCUGGCCGUGCACGCUCGCUUCGUGGCCACACUGCCGCCCGCCGACCCGCUGCACACGCUCUACAAGACACAGCACGCCAAGCUGCCGCCGGUCGCCACUUGCGCGGUGGACGGCGCGGACGGCGUGGACUGGCGCGCGCACGCGGCGAUCGUGCUGGGCAGCGCGGACUCGAGCGCUGAGCACGCGGCGCGCGCGCGCAGCACGCUGAGCGCGCUGGGCGCGACACUAGCGGCGCGUGCACUGCCGCACUCCGCGCAGCUCUGCUUCGUGGCCGCCGGCGCCGAGCCGCAGCCGCAUCCGCUGCAGCCGCUGCUCCCAGUCCCGGUGACGACGGUGCCGCGGCUGGCGCUGCUGCUGGCGGACCACAAGGCGGCGACGCUGGACCAGUUCGCCACCAACGAGGCGAUCUUCGCGACUGAGAUAUACGAGUACGCGCUCUCGCUCAACAGGGACUACGUCAUCGACUCCAUGCAGACGUACAAGCUGCUGCUGGCGAUACGCCUGUGCGACGUGGGCGAGUACGAGCGGGCGCUGGCGUACGUAGAGAGUGCUGCGCGGAAUGCGGUGCGGGAGCCGCACAGAUACUGUGCGCGGCUGCUGCGGGCGCUGGCGGAGCUGGCGGACAGACUGAAGUACCACGACCCGGCGCUGCUGGAGGAGACGGAGGCGGCGCUGGACGCGGACAAUGCGCCGCCGUCGCCGCAGCGGCAGCAGUGGCUGCGCGACGUGCGCCGCGUCGCCGGCUGCGCGCAGUCGGAGGAGCCGGCUGCGCCGCAACACGCGUACGACCAGCUGCAGUGCGGCUGGGGGGAACAGCCUUUGCAGCCACAGCAACAGCAGCAGCAGCCGUACCAGCCGGUGCCCACAUACGAGGCCCACCCGGCCCCGGUGCCAGCGGAAGAGACCCCCGACUACGCGGCGCAGUACUACCAGCAGCAGCCCCCGCCCCCGCCCCCGCAACUCAAUAAUGAGGCGGUCCAAGCCGCGGCGCCCCCCGCGCCCCCCGACCCGGGGUACGCGGACCCGGCGCCGCAGGACUACUGGCAGCCACUGCCGGACCCACAUUACUAUAAUGAUACCACGCCGAAUUCGAACGGUGACAAUGUGGACGCCAACGCGCCUCGGCCAAUGAUCACUAUGCCGGGGGGGAACGGGGCCGCGAGGUUCAACAACCUCGACGACGACAGGCCGCCCAGCGCUGAUCAAUCUGAGCGCGAGUCGGAGCCGCCCCGGACGGCGGCCAGCAAGGGCAGAGAGGACGGCGGCAAGCGCUCGGGCUGGCUGGGCGGGCUGCUGGGCAAGCUGGCGCUGCGCGCGCCGCAGCAGAUGAUCCUGCCCGACGACAGCGACCCCACCAUCGUGUGGGACGAGCAGAACAAGCGCUGGCGCAACAAAGAUGGCGACGAUGACGUCAGCGGCCCGCCCCCGCCCCCGCCCAAGAUUACCCCGCCCGCGCUCGCCCUACAACGUAGCUCCUCCCCGCCGCUGCAGGCGCCCGCUGGCGCCGCGGCCCCGCCCGUGACCAACAUAUUCAAGAUGCAGAAAGGAAGGCACAUAAAGAAGUCGUACGUGGACGUGCUGAACCCGGGCGGGGCCGCGCGCGCGGCGCCCGACGCGGCGCCCCCGCCGCCCCCGCCCGCGCCCCCCGUCUCCUACUUCGUGCCGCAUCAGGAUAUUGACAAUUUGACCAACGGUCACUAACAGAGCGGCAUCUUCGACCCGUCGCAGGUGCCUUCAGACGACUACCACAACAGCGGCAUCUGACGCAACCCCCCCCCCCCCCCCCCCCCCAGCUUACCAACUAAGUGUUAAUUAGUUGUGACUAGUGACGACACAAUACGAUUGUAUUCACCAAUGUUAGGACCAGGGAAACACCGCCAUGUUGAAAAGAAUUUUCUCUGUUAUGUCAUUUUGUGGAAUACUUUUACUUUGAAAAAUAAAAUAGGUAUAUAUUGGCGUCUGACGUCUACGCAGCAACUGCCAUCUAGCGGCCGUAUCACCAGAGAACAGAUCAGUCAACUAGAUAAGGCAGUCUAUGUUGAAAUGACACGCGCCAAUAUUGCAAUUUACUUACACAAAAUGUUGCGUAACCUAUAAAGGCGCGCGUCAUGAGACGACGUAUGCCGAAUGUGAAGUCGGCUCGAGUCGACGCUGGGACCUCGCCUGUAUGAAAUCUCGCUUUAUCAUGUUGUCUCAAGGACAUACCAUCUUAUGCUUAGUCUUUAUUCCAAGUUCACACUAUUAUACUUUGAUUAUAGAAAUUAUUAUAUGUAGUCUAUAUCUGUUUUUAGUCUCGCCAAACUAAUUUCUUUCUAAGUAACAGUGUUUCACAAGAUGUUACUAAAGUAUUAUUAAUUGGCAAUUUAUAAUGGCCGUUUCUAUAUAUUACUGGUCGAAGUGUAGUUUUAAAUUACCAAUGUGAUCGGGUUGUUAGGUUUAUAUAAUUUUCAAAUUUAUAUUAAUUUUUCAUUAUCAAAUUAUUCGAUUUAUUUAUCCAUUUCAAAUGCUAUUUUACGUGUAAGUUAUUUUUAAUUUUUCCCUUCUAUGAAUUGUGUUUCUUGACGAUAGAAUCGAUCUUGUCGCUUCGAAUGUGCAAUACGGGCCUUAGCAAACACAAAAAAAAUAUCUCGUAGAGAAAAAAAAUCCUUAUUUUCUUCUUAUCGAAUGUGCUAUUGCAAACAACUGGUGAAAAAACACUGGUGUCCGAUUAAAUUCACGUCGCCUAUAGGCAUCUGACAUGACAUUACAUCUAUAGUUCUAAAAUGUACGCGCCUUUUUACUUCUACAUUUGUGCUUGGACGAAAAUCCUCAUUCAGGUGACAACCAUUACUACUUAUCUAGUUGGUUGAGGUCAAACGACCAUUACACACUGGCGUUAAGAGUUUCCAAACUGCCUAACGCCCUCUAAUUAAUCCAAAAAAUUACGGUAUUCAAAUAAAUAUGUCUAUUUAUCUAGAUGCAAAGGUUGAAGUAAUGCCAGGAUAUUAAAAAGCAAUUUCAAACCAUUCGUCCACCCUACGAACCGGUGCAAAUGCGCCGGAUAAACGAUUGUUUACCUAUUGUGUCUCGACGACCGGUUAACUCGGUGAGUAGGUGAUAAAAAUGAAUUAUGAAUGUCUAUAUUAGCGACAGGCCCAAAAUCUCUUAUCUCUAUACCUAUCUAUAUAUCUAUCUAUAGUGGACAAUAAAUCUAUCUCAAAAUGUUUGUUUAGUUGUCAAAUAUUAUGUAAAAUAUCGCGAUGUACAGUUAGCUCCAAUUUGUAAAGGAUUGUAGUUAGAUGAAGGUCGGUUGUAUGAUAUUGCCUUAGUACCGCGGUGCCGGUUGUGUGUAUAUUAGCUACGGCGUGUCUCGGCAACGUAUUUGGAAAUGUAUUAUAAUUAUAUAAUUCAGAAACUCGCGGAUAUAUUUAAUUAAACUGUUUAUGAUAAUGCUUA